AUGCACCCAUUUGUACCCAAACGCAACAACAACUUUGACAACAAAAACAACGACAACUACGACUACUACAACAACAACAAGCACUACGACAACUACGACGUCUACAACAACGACGACAACGACGACAACCACUACAACUACUACAACGACAAAGAACACCUCAAUGAUCGAUGGCUGAAAGAAGUCAAGCAUCCAAACAUGCAGAAGAAAUAUAAUCACGCUUACAGUUAUAUGCUCAACGCAGAGCAUAAUUGUCGACUAGAUUUGCUCCCAUAUCCCGGAGAGCCAAACCAGGGAGUUGUCAAAACCUACGACGAUAUUUUUGAUGCGACAAAGAAGAGCUCUGGAAAUGACUACGCAACUCGGAUGCAAAUUCUGUCGGAUGGUUUCCAGCGGUACAUCAACGAAUAUUACUACGCUCGUGAGACAACAAAGAAUAUUCAAGGCUGUGACGGAAAACACGUGAAAGGCAAAGUGAGCAAAGGCAAGCAAUACCGACUAAAACGGCUUCUUCGAAAAAUUGCAAAGCCAAUUCGAAAAGUCGUCCGACGAAAACGCCAAGACGAAAAACGAAAAAAUCAGCAAGACGAAUAA